ACCCUUUUCCACCGCGACAGCACACAGCAGGUAUAAACACGCCCUGACGCCCUCCCCAUUUCGGACCUCUAGGCCGCGCGUCUCCCACCCCAUUCACCGCCGCCGCCGCUCCCCCUCGUCGUCGGCGGCAGCGCCCCGCCGCUCGCUAAUCCUUCGCGACAGCGGCAGCGAGGGGGUGCCAGGUAUCCUCCGCCCAUGACCCGGGCCCCCGCGCCGCCUCCGCGCGUGAAGAUAGGGUUUGCUUCUUGCAGACCGCGGCAUCGGUGAGGCGGGGAGUCAAAGGCGGCGGCCUGGUCGGGAAGCGGGGGAGGGUAGGGCUCUGGGGCGCGGCUCGCCGUCGGAUGGACGCCGAUGAGGCCGCGGGGAGCAGCAGGAGGAUGGAUCUGAACCUUUACCUCGGUCUCCCCCGCGCCCCGCGCCCGCGCCGCUCUGACCUCGGCUCCGACCUCGCCCUCAGCACCCCGAUGCCCUCCUCUCCGUCGUCCUCCGCCGCGUCCGUCGACGCGCCGCCGCCGCCGCCGGAGGCCCUGCACCCGCCAUACUCCCCCUCGCGCGCUGACCUCUCCCCUCCGCCGCCGGAGGUGUACUCCCCCUACAACCCCGAGGACUCGCCUGUUCCGGACCCGCAUCUGUACAUGCCGCCUCCGGAACCGCUCGUCCCCGGGCUUCAAAGCAUGCCGCCUCCGGAGCCGCUCAUCUCCGGGCUCCGAGACGAACUUGGGUACGCUUUCCAGCCGCCGCCGCCGCCGCCGCCGCCGCCGCUGGUACGGGCCAGCGAACUGCUGGGAUGGGAGGACCGGCCUUCUUCGUCAACGGCCUCCUCAUCUUUCUUCCCGGACACUGCCGUCCGGUACAGGCGGCUGCUCGAGCAAACUGGAAGCCGGUGGCUUCGCCCCAGGCGGUUCAGGUCUGACCUUCCACCCCUCAGCUCCGAGGCUCGCCCCUCUGGGAUGGACGCCGCCAUGCAGGUGCCCCAGCAUGAGCCUGCAGCUGAUACUGCUGCAGUAAAUAAGGUAGCUGCCAAUGGCUCAGAAUUAGGUGCUUCAGAAGAAUCCACUGAGGAGCGCGGCAAGACUGCUGCCACAUUCGAGUGUAACAUAUGCUUUGAGAUGGCAAGUGAGCCUGUAGUCACUUCCUGUGGUCAUCUCUUCUGCUGGCCGUGCUUGUAUCAGUGGCUGAAUGUUUAUUCCAACCACAAGGAAUGCCCAGUCUGCAAAGGCGAGGUUACAGAGUCAAAUAUUACUCCUAUAUAUGGUAGAGGGAAUUCAGAUGGAGAGAAGGCUGUUGAUGAUGGAAAGCCACAAGGUCCUACAAUCCCGCCGAGGCCACAUGGAAAUCGCCUUGAAAGCUUCAGGCAACAAUUCCACCAUAUGCGGCCAAUCUCAAGAAGGCUUGGUGAGGCGCAUGGGAUACUGUCAUCGUGGAGGCGCCUUCUGGAUCAGCAGAUUAUGAAUAGCGUGAGUAGGUUUGAAGGGCCAUCUGAAUCAGCUGCGCAGGAAAUAAAUGACAGUGCUCAACGUGCUACUCGCCUGAGCAGAAUUGCACUGGCCACAAGGAUGAGAGCAAUGCAGAUGCAGAGAGAAGCUGAGAGCCGCCCUGAUGGUUCUUCCACUGCCUCUGAUACUGGUUUGAUGGAAAACAAUGUAUCAGAAUCAUCGAGACGUGGCUCAACACCACGUGUAUCAGACAGAUUUGAGUUGCUGGAGCACCUUGCCUAUAUUGGCAUUGCAAACACAGAAAGACUGGCCAGUGCCAUGAGUGACCUUAGAAGAAUGGCUUCACCAAGCCAAUAUGGAGGAUCUGCUUCUUCAUCAAAUCCUAGAAAUAAUGAGCCAGCAGUUGAUGGAAUUAAUGUUGCUGGAGCACCUUCUGCAGACCAAGCAUCUAAUUCGAGCACUGUUGCAGUGAUACAUGGGGAUGCUGGUAUCUCAGAGAGUGCAGGAGAGCCUAGCAAUGCGGGCUCUUCGAGAUCCCUGCAGAGAAGGGGGAGGAGCAAUGCAUUAGGGUCAUUGGAUGUGGAUGGUGGGGGCUCCCAACGGAACAAGAGGCGCAGAAUGAACUGAGCCCUCUUGAUAUUGGUGUUGUUUCAAACCUCACUUGGCAUCCUUUGCUGAUUUCAGUUGUAUCUCAUAACUUUGGGUGAUAUCUGCUGCUUCUUUUUACCUGUUUACUAGGUAUCAAUGAAACAGCUCCUUGUUCAGUUUGCUUUGUAGCCCAUCCCCUUCAAUUUCAGAAUUGAGUUGUUUUUGCCAUCUAUGAGGAAGUUUAACUGUGUUUGAAAGAA